GGCAAACGUGAUUUUCUAUCGGCACCAAGGUUCUAAUUCAUUUGUCCAUUUGUCUCAUUCAGCCUUCGCAUUUGAGUUCCUACUGUCGAUCUCGGAAUGGGACUCCUCUCUAUCAUUCGGAAGAACCAACGGAAGGCAAAAGAAAUGAGGAUACUCUUCCUAGGGCUGGACAAUGCUGGGAAAACAACCAUCCUGAAGCGUCUGAACGGUGACGACAUAGGCUCUGUCAGUCCGACUCUUGGCUUCGAGAUCAAAACCUUUAUCCACGGCAAAUAUACCUUGAACAUCUGGGAUGUGGGUGGACAACGAACGCUUCGUCCAUAUUGGAGGAAUUAUUUUGAACAGACCGAUGCUCUUGUAUGGGUUGUCGACUCGUCGGAUCGACUGCGAAUGCAGGACUGCAAGGAGGAAUUGCAUUCCUUGCUUCAGGAGGACAGACUCGCAGGUGCAAGUCUUAUAGUUCUGGCAAAUAAGCAGGAUCUGAAUGGUGCUAUGACCGAUGCAGAAAUUAAAAAGGCCCUUGACCUUCGGUCUAUCAGGACGCAUAAUUGGAAGAUCAUGCCAUGCAGUGCCAUUACGGGUCAAAACGUAGCUGAGGCAUUGGAAUGGGUAGUUGAUGACGUUGCAGGAAGAAUAUACUACAAUCUGGGUGACUAAAUAUACAUGAAUGAAGUCCGUUCCGCUAUGUAUAUAACACGAGAAUGUUGAUUAACGCUUGUGGUAAUGGUG